AUGAUCAGAGUUUCAUUGAAUCCCCUUGUUCUCCAUGGUUGGCAUUUUGGUCAAACAGUGUUUGCAUUGUGCAACUACCCUGCUCUUCUUACGUCAGGUAUACUCCAACUCAAGGAAUCACAGGACCCUUUCAUAGAGGACUAUCCCGCAGAGGUAUUCAUGGAGUUGCUGGAUUCCUAUCCUGGCCUCUUAGAUCACCUAACUAGUGGAGAGGAAGAGGACAUUAUCCACGUAGGAGAAAUGCUAGGCAAAGGGGCAUCUGACAUGCGAGGUGAUGACACCAAAACCCUCAAAUCUGCUGUGAUCAAAUGGCUUGUCCCCAGAGGACAAGUAGUCAUACCUCCUCUUUCCCGAAACAUGAAGUCUGACCGGGGAUUUAACCAUGAAGUUAUGGGAGCGUUGCUUUGCCCUGCGGGCCUUGAUUGGUCGAAUGUAGAAACCAAAGAGUGUCUCAAGAGCGGUGAAACCACAGUUUGUGGUGACCAGUGGCCAAUAUUCUUAUAUGCAGGUUAUGUUUAUGAUCCUGAAGAUCCCUGGAAGGGGUUAUUGAGGAGCAAUAUACUCGUCUAUGGUUUCAAACAUGUGUUUACGUCACCAAGCUCAGUAGAUAAGGAACCAAAGGCUACAUGCUCCGGCAACACAUACCUCCAUGGCAUGAAAUCCGUAACUAGAGGAUCCUUGGCCUAUAUUGCCAUGCAGGUUCGGUUCUCGUUGAGUUCAUCAUCCGUAUUCUCCCGUACCAACACGGUCACAGAUUCAGAAAAUUUCUAUCAUAGCAUUCUGGACCUGUUAGAAGAUCCUUAUAAAAGUGAGGAGGUAGGUGACCUGAUGAUGUGGUGGACUCAUCGUGUUUUUCCUAAUUCUUUGUCGUUGCAGCGUAGUAUCAGCAAAAACAGCAUGCUCUCGAAGAUUCACAAAAAAAUGAUCAUGCAGAUAGAAGGUGGUGGAUCCCAUAGACGGAAGGUGUGA